AUGGUCAGCAAUGAUCUCCCCGCCAGAGGCAUCCCACCGCCUGUCGGGCCCAUCAGCAUCGUCUUCACCGACAUAGUCAAGUCGACCAACAUCUGGGAAAAGGACACCAACGCCAUGAUCUCGGCGAUGCAACUCCACGACGACACGGUGCGCUCCCUCACGCUCUCGAACAACGGGUACGAGGUGAAGCAAAACGGCGAUGGCUUCAUGAUUGCAUUCCCGACGGCGACUUCAGCCGUCCAAUUCUGUCUCGACGUCCAGGAAAAGCUGCUGGACGAAGAAUGGCCCAAGGCGCUCCUGAAGCUGGCACCGGGCCAGGAAACGACGGAUGACAAGGGCCACGUCCUGUUCCGCGGCCUGCAGCUCCGGAUGAGCGCGCACUGGGGCGAACCGGUGAGCAAAUGGAACGAAGUCAUCCAAAGGAUGGACUAUUUGGGACCUGUCGUCAAUCGGGCCGCACGAUUCGUCCAAGUCACAGAGGGCGGACAAAUCGUGGUAUCCGAAGACUUCCUCGCGCAACUCCAGCGUGAGAUGCAACAAGGUACGGAUCGUAACGACGAGGAGUCCUCUUCGCAGAGAAGUCGAUCUCAAUCUCAGCCUCUCUCCUCAGGGAACAGCACAAACACAAGCACAGGGCAGGAGUCUCCACCACUUCCCGAUCUCAGCAUCCUCCGCUCCGAAGCCGGUCAACAGAACGUGACGACCCAGACUUUCCAGAUCCGCGAACUGGGCAACUACGAAUUCCAAGGGCUCGAUGACCCCCAGAAAUUGUACUUCAUCGUGCCGCGCUCCUUGGAGGGACGGGUCGAGCACUGGCAUCAGGUCAUGCACGUCACGGGCGUCAAGGGAAACGUGAAGACGGACUGA